UCUUUCCAUCCAAUCCAUCUUACACUGUUUACUCUGUUACACGGCGAUAGAGAUAGAUACAUUAAAGAGAGAAGCGAGAGGAGAGACGAGAUUCACUUUGCGAGAGAGACAGCGGUGGGGCCGAAAAUAAACUUCGUCGCGAGACACACACUCGCGGUUACAACUCUGCUUUUACAAGAGACUGGCACAAUCCGCGCGGCCUCUCAGUCGGUGUCUUGAUGUGCUCGCAAUCAGAUGCUGUGCUGCGUCCCGAAGAGGCUCGCGGACGGUGGCCCGUUCCACGACGAGGCCCCGUUUCACAACGAAGUUCGAUUUCGCGACGAGGCCUUAAACAGGCCGACGUCCAUCCGCGAGGUACGGUUCGAGCUGUACGCUGAGGAAGGUGAGCCCGCGAAUUCGCCUCUUCGUGACCGAGCAUCGUUUCACGAUGCGCCGCCGCCGAUCCUGUUGCCGUGCGCGAUAUGCGCGCGGACCUUCAUGCCGCAGUCGUUGGAGAAGCACGCGAGGAUAUGCGAGCGCGCCGCCUCCAAGAAGCGCAAGCCCUUCGACUCGGCCAAGCAAAGGAUUCAGGGCACCGAGCUGGCCGAGUUCCUGCCUAAGCCAGAGACUCGGCGGUACCAUCAGGACGAGAGGAACAGCAGGCCUUCCUGGAAGAAGACUCACGACGAUUUCCUGAGGACGAUCCGCGAAGCGCGCGGCGAAGUCAUGGACGACUCACACAAACAAUGCAAUUCACUGAUCUCGUCGGGCGCACCGACUCGCUCCAACGAGAAGGGCACGUGUCCUACUUGCAAUCGACAUUUUGGUAUCAAGGCCUAUGACCGUCACGUAGCCUGGUGCAAGGACAGAGUUACGCAGAUGCCGGUGAGUCCAGCGACCAAUCUGGCGAAAGAGCGGCUGGAGGCGCGCAUGAGGUAUAAAGUACCGACCCUGAAGAACCGUCGCGCCAUAAAUCGAGAGAAGUACAGCCCGGGCUCGGCGGCGAACCAGGCCGCCAAGACCUCACAAUCAUCGCCGGCGCUCGUUAAACCGAAAGAGAGUGCUUCGGUGACCAAUUGCAGUCGGGAGAGUCCGAUCAAGCAGAAGUCGGCUAUCAUAAGACGUCCUGGACAGCUGAAGGAAUCCCCCACUCCAUCCGGACCAAUGAAGUCACGUCUGGCCGAUCGUAUAAACAGGAAAAACGACCUGGCGACACGUCCCGCCUGGUGCAGUUAUGUGCGUAGAAGGCCGGACUUUAAUCUCGUGCUUAAGGCUAGAACCGGAACGUGCAAGGACUACGAUCCCUUUCUACUAGCCGAGCAACAGAUGAACGACCUGCUGUCGGACACGAGUGAUCAGUCCGCGACGGGGAAUGCCAAACAAACUCGCGACAUUCUCUAUCCUCUCUCUCACUCCUCCGCUUUCGUGAAAUAUCCUUCCUCCGACAGAAGGUCGUCCCUGAUAGCGCCUCCCUCCGAGUUCGACGACCUCUUCUCCAACUUUUCGAGCGAUUCGACCGAGACCAACUCGAUCUCGCGCGAGGUCUUCCUGAAAUCGGAAGUUCUCGCCAACAGCAAGGACGUAACGGACCUCGCGAGCACGAAACCGGUCAAGGAAUUGGGCAGACGAGUCAUUAUCGACAAAUCAAAGGCGCUGGGCGUCGACGAUCGCCGCGGCGCCCUCGGUAGCGCCGACCGAAUACGUAAGGCACUCGACAAGGUUUCGCCGAAGGUCACGAGACCGCUGAUUGAUCGAUCCAAUUCGAUCCGCGCCUCGUCCGCACCAAGGAUCGGCUCGGGCGCCGACAGGAAGACCUCGGUCGACAUCAGGAAGAAUCAAAACUCUAAGCUCGUGGAGGGUCAGAGGUCGUCGGACCAGAGCCUCAAUCAGAGGAACAAUAACUACUCAUCCUUGUCCGGAAGCAAUCUCAGCCUCAGCUCGAUCAUCUCCUCGGAGCUCGACGUCAAGCGGUCGCACUCGAUGUUCGACGAGCUGACGACGUCCUUCGAGGAGGAUACGUUUCCUGCCCUCAGAUCCUUUCUUAAUAACGAAUCCUUUAAUCUAUCCAGCUCUAUGCACGACGGCGACAGGCAGCGGAACGGCAGCCUGAUCAGCGACGAGGAACUGUCCUCGCCCGACAGCUACAAGCCGCAGGAUCACAGUAAACUCAGCAACGACUCCGCCUAUAGCAGUUUAAAUCGCAAAUAUUCGCACCAUGGACGCAGCACCAACGACAUGGCCAGCCGUCUGGACGAAGACGUGACCAGAAACGGAACGCCGAUUCAGACGGCGAUCAAGUACAAGAUGUCCAAAUUCUGUCACGAGUGCGGUCAGCGAUUUCCGGAAACCGCCAAGUUCUGCUGCGAAUGCGGCGUCAGAAGACUCGCGCUGUGAAAAGCGCUCCUCGUCCUCCGAGCAUCAAUGAAGAAAAAGCAUCGCCGAAAGAAUGUUCUCUGAAGAGAAAACUAUUUUGAUUUUCGAUUUUUCUAAAGUACUUUACGAAAGCGAACAUGCUCUGAAAAUAUUCUCUGAGGAGAAGAGGACACUAAUUAGCAAUUUCGAGAGUAUUUCUUUUUCAAGGUUGAGUGCCUGUUUCGAAAAAACACUUUCCGAAAGAGGAAAGCGACGGAUCAACUGCCUAUCACGACGAUAUCGAGCGUUCAUAAUUUAGGCAGUUUUUACAAAUCUCAGAGUGUCGAGUAUCUUUUAUAAACUUUGCGAAUUGACGCGGUUUUUAUCACUGAAAAAGAUUUUAUUUUUAAUCUACUUCAGUUUGCUUUGUAGACGAUACGUCGACUUUUUUUUGGUCACUAUAUUAAUCUAGUGAUUUGUUUGAUAGGCAUUUUUUUCACACAGGACACACACAUACACAUAAAUACGUCGAGCAAUCGCAGAGUCCGUCCUUUUUCUACAAAACCACAAGUGUGACUUUUUGAUAAUCUUUUUUAUAUAUGAGAGAAAGCAGAGUCUCGUGAGUAUAUUUUCUGUCAAAAAUAGGAGAAUUAAAAAGGAAUCGAUAAAAAUCUACUUUUCGUUAAAAUAUGAAUAAAAACUACUUCUAAAAUUUUUACAUUUAGUUCAUUUUAAUUCUAGUAAGAAGCAAUCGCGUAAAUUUAAAAAAUUUAGAAAUUUCUUAUUAAA